AUGUGGGUGGAUUGCGACCCGGGACACGACGACGCGUUCGCGCUGUACCUCGCGCUGCACGGGACGGCGGAGCGCGCGCGCGUCUUGGUCGGCGCGUCCGCGACGCACGGGAACGCGAGCGCGGGAAAGACGACGGUGAACGCGCUGCGCGCGCUGGCGUGGAUCGGCGCGCGGGCGUCGCGAGACGGGGGGGAAGAAGGGGGGCGCGGGACGCGGGACGCGCGACGCGUGGCGUUCGCGGCGGGCGCCGAGAGGCCGUUGCUUCGCGCGUCGAGCGCGUGCGAGGAGAUUCACGGCGAGAGCGGGUUGGAUUCGGCGAGCGCGACGGAUGCGCUGGAGGAGUACGCGUGGGGAGAGGACGAGAGAGAUUGGAUGGGGGCGGGCGGGAUCGAGGCGCUGUUUCAUCCGCGCGCGAAGACGGCGGCGGAGGCGAUGUACGACGCGUUCGUGCGGCACGUCGAAACUUCGGGAAGAGGACGGCCGUUCGUCGUCGUCGCCACGGGGCCGUUGACGAACGUGGCGACGAUGAUUCUCGCCAAGCGUUCGCAGAUUGAUUUAUUUCCCGACGAAUGUCGACCCGUAAUUUUUUGCAUGGGCGGCGCCGUCGGCGACGGCAACACCGGCGCUCGAGCGGAGUUCAACAUUCAGUGCGAUCCCGAAGCGGCGAAAAUAGUCUUCGAGAGCGGUUUGCGAGUCUACAUGAUACCGCUCGAGGUGACGCACACGGCGAUCGUCACCCCGAGCGUUCUCGACAGCUUGACCACCGGUGGUCAUUUCGACUCCGGCAAAGCGGGCGCGAGCGCGCACGCCAAGCAAAUCAGAUCGCUCUUGACAUUCUUCAAGGACACGUACGAGAACGUCUUCGAUUUCAAGACGGGACCGCCUUUACACGACCCCUGCGCCGUGUGGGCUGCGAUUAAUUUUAUCGAGGGCGCCACGUACGAUGAAUCCGAAACGGACGAUAGAUUUCGAGACUUGUUCGAAUUCACGCACGAACGCGUCGACGUCGAGUGCGAGUCGCGACUGACGUACGGCCAAACCGUCAUCGACCGCUGGGGGACGAGCGCCGAGCCGAAGAACGUGUACGUCGCGAGAAGCAUGAACGUCGAUCGCUUUUGGGAAGCCAUGCGCGACGCGAUUCAGCACCGUUUGAGCUGGAUGUCUUAG